UCCCCUUUGGUCGUACAUCGGCCUUUUUAUCGCCGGAAAUCUGCAACAGGGUUCUUAUAUAAGCGCUCAAACUCGAGCUCCCAACAUCAUCAUCAUGUGGGCAUCCUGCUACAGAGGUGGCGGCCAUGUCAAAACGUGACCGAGUCGGAUACUAUCACUAUACACGCAGCCGUCCCGCGUCCAACAGUGAUCAACAGUCCUUGUACUACUACCGCCGCCCGUCCCAGGCUCCUUUGGACCCCCGCCGAACAAAAACAAGCUCUUCUGUCCAACCGUUGUUGUUAUUGUUGUUGCUGUUGUCAUCGUCAUCAUCUAUCUGCAAUCCCACAACCUCCAUCUCCACUGUUUUCGAAACUCUGCACGGUGUCCACCAACUUGUUCCGUGCAUUCUUUUUUUGUUCCGUGGUUUUCUCGACUUAUAGCGGUGACCAGAGUGGUGCGGUAAAGGUGCGACGACGACUCCUACGAUUCAGAUUCACACCAUGUGCUGUCAACGCUGUCACCGGAUAUCCGGCCUUCGCAUGUGCAGCGCAGACGGCGAAGGGGAAAAGGCAAAGCGCGAGUCGAGCUGAAAAAUGUCUAACGAUGCUUCUCGGUGCGCCCAAUGAUAACCACUUGCCU